AAUAAAGAUGGCAACACCUGAGCAAAAGAAAUCAUUUAUUAGCCUAUGUGCGUCUAUAAUCCGAGAAAACUAUAGUGGUGACCCCCUAUCGCUCGACUCAUUCAUUGACAAAAUAAACUUAAUUGAAGAAUUAUCGGAUGAAAGUUUAACUACAACAUUUAUAGCAUUUUUAAAGUCUAAACUCGAAGGCAAAGCGCGUGAGGUUUUACCCAGUCAAAUAAUUUCAGUGGAUCAAAUAAAGGUUGCGCUACGCAGCAGAAUCAAACCAGAUAAUUCCAAAGUUGUCUCUGGCAAAAUCGCGUCAUUACAUAUUACUAAUAACAACUAUGCCGAUUUUGCGAAGCGAGUAGAGGAUUUAUCUGACGCAUUAGAGCGAUCUUUAAUUAUUGAGGGUAUGACUCAAGCAAAAGCCCAUGAGUUAGCGGUAGAGCAGACAGUAAAUGUUUGCAGACUGAACAGUCGUUCAGAACUAGUAAAAUCUAUUUUAGCAUCAACCACUUUUACGGAUUCGAAAGAUGUAGUCGCAAAAAUGAUUGUAGAACACAAUAAUGAAGUCAAAGAGCGGCAGGUGUUAUCUUUUAGGUCACGGGCAAAUAGACCAAAUAGUUUUCGAGGAGGUUUUAGAGGGCAUAACAACUAUGGCUAUCACAACACUAGUUUCAGAUUUAAUAACGGCAAUACAAAUAGGCACAAUAAUGGCAAUAACACAAGGCACAAUAAUAAUCAAAAUAAUUACAAUAGAAGUAACAAUUUUAACAAUAGACAAAAUAAUUACAGAAAUAGCACAAGCAAUCGUUCGGCAAGCAACAGAAACAACUCUUCUCGUUCAAAUUCUAGAAACACUUCUAAUGUUCGAUUUUUAAACGCCGAUGCCCCUCAGGAGCGAACACUGGGGGAGCAGGAGCUAAGCAAUUAAACGUAGUUACCCCUGAAAAAUCAAUUUACUGCUUGAACCUUAAUUAUUCAGAUUUUAUUGAAUUAAAUUGUACCGAUUCUUACAAAUUAUGCUCGUUUCUCGUAGAUUCACAAGCAGACAUCUCUUUAAUCAAGAUUUCCAGUUUAGCAAGAAAUUCAGCAAUUAACAGUAGCAAUACCAUAAACAUCACUGGUGUAACAACUGAAACGGUUACAACAUUGGGAACUAUGACAGUUUUAAUAUACCUUCUGACGGCAUACUAGGCAAGGACUUUUUAAAGACGAACAGAUGUAUUAUUAACUACGCAAAUGACAG